GCUGAUCCCUGUCACAUUCCUGUAUACAUUUCUUCAUGAGGCUCUCUGGAACCAUGGCAGGCGCUUUAAGGAAGGGAUAUCAUAAACAGUUCAAGUCGCUUUGCCAUAGUGCAGUUUCUUGCAGGUAUUUAUCAAGCAAUGAGAAGCCAAAAAUGCCUCCAUGUGAUUUUAUACCGGAGGAGUACAAGGGUAUUCCAUAUGAAGAAAUCUUAAGCAUCCGCAAGAAAAACUUAUCUGCAUUGUCGACCUAUUACAAGAAGCCCAUCCUGGCGCACCAGGGACACAUGCAAUGGCUGUUCGAUCAUGAGGGGAAGCGUUACCUGGAUCUCUUUGGAGGGAUUGUUACUGUCAGUGUUGGACAUUGCCACCCGAAAGUUACAGAAACAGUUAAGAGACAGAUGGACCGUCUCUGGCACACAACCAAUAUUUACUUACAUUCUCCAAUCCAUGAAUAUGCUGAGAAGCUGUUGAGUCGCAUGCCUGGGAAACUAAAGGUGCUUUACCUGACUAACUGCGGUUCAGAGGCCAAUGACUUGGCAAUGUUUAUUGCAAGACAAUAUACAGGCAAUUUUGAUAUAAUUAGUUUAAGAAGUGGCUAUCACGGGGCCGGUCCAUACGCCCUAGGGGUAACAGCACACUCCGCUUACAAGCCAGGAGUGGCCAAUGGAUUUGGUUGCCACACGACGAUGUGUCCUGACGUGUUUCGGGGUAUAUGGGGCGGAAGUCAUUGCAGGGAUUCCCCAGUGCAGACCACGCGAACCUGCUCAUGUUCUCCUGGUUCCUGUGAUGCCAAAGACAGAUAUAUUGAGCAGCUUAAGGAAACUCUGGACACCAGCGCUGCAAAGAAACUGGCUGCCUUCAUUGCUGAACCCAUAAUGGGCGUUGGGGGAGCCGUUCAGUAUCCCAGGAACUUUUUAAAGGAGGCUUAUGAACUUAUACGGGAGAGAGGAGGCCUGUGCAUUGCAGAUGAAGUUCAGACUGGCUUUGGCAGGACAGGGAGCCAUUACUGGGGAUUUCAGACUCAUGAUGUUAUCCCCGAUAUUGUGACUAUGGCGAAGGGUAUUGGCAAUGGAUUUCCUAUGGCUGCCGUUGUCACCACAGAAGAGAUUGCAAGCUCUUUUACCCAGGCCUUGUACUUCAACACCUUUGGUGGCAAUCCUAUGGCAUGUUCUGUAGGCUCUGCUGUACUGGAUGCUAUUGAAGAGGGUGGCCUGCAGAAUAACUGUGCCGUGGUUGGAACCCAUUUAUUACAGGAGCUGGCAAAACUACGGGAUAAGUUUGAGAUUGUUGGAGAUGUUCGUGGAAAAGGACUGAUGAUCGGAGUGGAGAUGGUAAAGGACAAGAAAACACUCAAACCACUGCCGGCAGAAGAGAUGAGCCUCAUCUGGGAAGAAUGCAAAGACAACGGGGUUCUGCUUGGCAAAGGAGGACUAUACAAUAAUACAUUUCGGUUGAAACCUCCCAUGUGCAUCACAAAAGAAGAUGCUGAUUUUGGUGUAGCCGUCCUUGAGGGAGCACUAAUUAAACACAAGGAGGCGAUUUCAAGAUGAAGUGGGAAUUGCGAACUCUAGGCCUCAAUCAAGGCAUCUCAAGUCAGCAUUAGCAGUGUUAGC